UUUAUAAUUGGAACUGUCAAAGAUAAAUUUCCAUGGAUACCCUUCUCCCCAGCUCCUUUCUUCCCGCUCUUUACGUACCUCAACGACCCUUCCCUCCAUUCCACAGCAGCUCCACCAAGUCCUCUUCUGUCACCGCCACAUCAACCCAAAAACCAAAACCCACGUCGCUCCAUUUUUCCCCCAACUCCACUCUUCCACCCUCUUCGCAACACAAUCUUCUCUUCAAUGACUGGCCUCAGCUCCUCCAGUUCUCAAUUGGGUCCAAAAAUCUCACGCUGGGCCAGGCCAUCCAUGCCUUCUUGCUCAAAUCCAGGUCCCCAAGCGACACCGACGCAUUCCAAGGCAACAAUCUCCUCAACUUGUACUCGAAACUCAGGAGAUUGGGGGAUGCACAAAAGGUGUUCGAUGAAAUGCCUCUGAGAAACACGAUUACGUGGACUACUCUCUUGAAGGGGUAUUCUGGGGUUGGCGAUUAUGCGUCGCUUUUUCGAGCUGCAGGGGACAUGUUUCGGGGAGGGGAGAGGUUUAAUGAGCAUACUUGCUCUGUGAUUUUAGAGGCGUGUGGUUCGCUAGAAGAGCGGAGAGGCGGGGAACAGGUUCAUGGUUUUGUUGUGAAAAGCGGGCUGCAGGACAAUGUGUUUGUCGCGACAUCGCUGGUGUCGAUGUACUCUAGAAGUGACUGCUUGGACAACGCGGAGAAAGUGUUCAAUGACAUGGAUUACAGGGAUGUGCAGUGUUUGAAUUAUAUGAUUUUAGAGUAUGGGAGGGCCAGCCGUGGGGGGAAAGCAAUUGGGGUGUUUAUUGAUCUUUUGAGUUCUGGUAUUGAUCCAAAUGACUAUACAUUUACUAAUUCAAUCAGUGCAUGCAGUGGAGAUGUGCGUGUGCACGGGGGCCGGCAAUUACAUGGACUCGCUGUGAAGUAUGGUGUUAUCUGUGAAACUUCUGUUGGAAAUGCAGUUAUAACAAUGUAUGGGAGGCAUGGGAUGAUUGAAGAGGCCGAGAGAAUGUUCUAUGCACUGGAUGAGAGGAACUUGAUCUCUUGGACAGCAGUUUUGUCAAUGUACGUCAACAAUGGCCAUAUUGACAAGGCUCUAAAUGUUUUCUUGAAAGUACUUGAUCUGGGCAUUCAUUGUGAUCCUAGUAUUUUAUGUCCUGUUCUUGAUGCCUGCUCAGAGUGCAGAAAUCUGGAAUUGGGACGUCAAAUUCACGCAUUUGUUACAAAACUUGGUUAUGACUCUGGUGUGCAUGUUGGGACCGCUCUGAUAGAUUUAUAUGCCAAAUGUGGUAACGUUCAAUCUGCAAGACUGGUUUUUGAUGGUCUUUCAGGUAAAAAUACUGCAUCAAUCAAUGCGGUUCUAGCUGGAUUCGUGGAAUCGCAUAUACAUGUUGAAGAGGAUGCCAUUGUCUUGUUUAAUCAAUCAAGAUAUGCUGGCAUAAGUCCAGAUUUCAUAACCUUUUCGCGGCUCCUUAGCUUGUCUGCUGAGGAAGCCACUUUGGUUAUAGGAAAGAGUCUUCAUUCCUACACUAUUAAAGCUGGACUUGAAGCUGAUUCCACUGUAGGUAAUGCUAUAAUUACCAUGUAUGCCAAAUGUGGUAGCAUUGAAGAAGCUUUUCAGAUGUUCAAUGGUAUGACCAGUCGUAAUUGUAUAACCUGGAAUGCCAUAAUAUCAGCAUAUGCUCUUCAUGGAGAUAGCACCAGAUCACUUUCCCUGUUUGAAAAUAUGAAGGAAGAAGGUUUUACCCCUGAUGGAUUCACGUUGUUGGCUAUUCUUCAAGCUUGCAGUUACUCCGGAUUAUGGGAAACUGGGUUAUGCUUGUUCAACGAAAUGGAGCAAAAAUACGGGACUAGGUCCGUGAUUGAGCACUUUGGGUGCAUGGUCGAUCUUUUGGGUCGGGCUGGGAAAUUUUCAGAAGCCAUCGAUUUCAUCAACACAAGUCCAUUUCCAGACUCAGCAAUGCUUUGGAGAACUUUAGUCAAUGUCUGCAUGUUAUAUGGGAAUUUGGAUUUUGGCAUUUUAGCUUCAACGCGUCUGCUUGAGUUGGAAGCUGAUGAGGCUGGGUCAUAUAUACUUGUCUCUAAUAUGUAUGCUAGGGCAGGAUUGUUUGAAGAGGCUGCAAAAGUUAGAACUGUUAUGAAUGACUUGCAAGUAAACAAAGAAGCAGGUUGCAGCUGGAUUGAAGUAGACAAUAAGUUCCAUUAUUUUGUGGCAAGUGAUCUGAACCAUCCAAGAAGCGAUGAAAUUUAUGAGAAGUUGAAUAUCUUGAAGACUCAAAUAAAAGUGAACUGUCAUGAUAGAUUUGAUCUCUGUGUGAUUGCAGAUCAUUUAUAAGAAACUCUGAAGAGCCAAAGGCAAAACAGCCUUCAACAGACAAAAUAUAUAAAGAAUUCCAAAUAAAAGAUGGAAACGAGCAGCAAGCACCUCCAUCUCGGCAAGGAGCACAGGAGCCGAUCACUGUUGUUGAUAGCUAACGAGUGAAACCUCAUUACUCUCCUUCCGGCAAGUGCUGUCGAAUAUGCCCAAAGCAAUAGGCACCU